AUGCUGAUGGAUUCAAAUUUCAUAUUGAUAGUUGGACCACCAAAUAGCGGUAAAUUAAGAAUUAGUAAAUUAAUUCAAGGUAUUAAAGAUGACAAAAUCUCAGAAACACGGGAGCACAAUUCAACAGAUUCACAUAGUGGAUUGAUUCAUAAGACUAAAAUCACAACGAAAUAUUAUACCCUGAAUGUAGAUAUAUUCAUAGAUGAAAUUCCAAGCAAAAGAACUCCAAUAUUUUCAGAAGAUGAUAAAAUCAACGCAUUGAAGAAAUGGUGUAAUGAGUUUUUCAGUCCAGAAAUGGAGAGUUUAGUAGAAAGUUUAGAUGGUAUAAUAUUCACAAUAAAUAUAAAAGAUGAUAGUUUAGAAUAUGCAGAUGAAUUAUUGAAUGUAGUUCAUAGAGUGAAAACGUUAUCCAAUGAAGAUAAUUUAUUAGCUGUAGUUGCAACAACACCAAAAGGUUCAAAUGGAUGGGAUAAACGUUAUUUUGAUGAAAUUGAAGAUAUAUUUAUUGAACAUGGAUUCGAAUUUAUAGAUUUUGAUAAACAAGGUAAAAAUGAAUAUAAAGAGAGUCAAGGUAAAGAUAGAAUUGUUGAAUUGAUAGAGUGUCAUGAAUGGCGAUACAUGGAAUUAAUUAAAAAAACAAAUUCUGAAGAAACAGAAAAUGAAGUCAAGGAAGAAAAAUCGCUUGAUGAAUUAUUAGUUAAGUUAAAUGAAGCUAAGGAGCAUGCUAAACAUUUAUCCCCUGCUGAGAAAGAUAAAUAUGCAAAUGAAGUAAUCAAAGAUAUAGAAGCUUAUAUUUGA